AUUCACUUCAAAUCGAGUGGCGCAACAGUUUUGCGGUGAACGCAACAUAAGUCGGUUCUGAGACGCUUUGUAACGGCGAAAUCGGUGCUUGAAAGCUGAGCGCAGUGUUAAGUAUAAUACAACAACAACAAGUAAUACAAAAUUAGUGUUUAUUGCACUUUCUGAAAAAAUAAAAGUGCUUCAGUACAAAAUCAACAUAUUUAAGGUGAAUUUUUGCAAAGUGGCACGAAUAUGUUGACGUUGUUGCUGUUUCCCCUGAUCAUUAUUGGCAUUUAUGCUUAUUGGUCCUAUGUGCAGUACAAGACGGGCUGGCAUUUACUGAAGAAAAUCCCGGGUCCUUUUAUAUUUUGGAUAUUCGGAAAUGUACCGCAGAUCGGACUAACACCUGAAGAGCAUAUGAGGCAGAUAAGACGCUGGGCACAUGACUACAACUACGGCUUGAUGCGAGUAUACGGCGGCGCUCAACCCUACAUAAUGAUUGCAAAUCCCAAAACUACGGAACAAGUGCUGUCUAGUACUGAGUUUAUACAUAAAUAUGACCCCUAUAAGUUCUUUUAUCCUUGGUUGGGUCAAGGUUUGCUGACCGCGAAUGGCAAACACUGGGUUAACCAUCGAAAAAUGAUCACGCCCUCAUUCCAUUUUGCCAUACUGCAAGACUUCCUUAAAAUUAUGAACGAGACCACCGAUCGCUUCGUGGAGCUGCUCUCGGGUUUUGCAACGAAGGCGCAAAUGUUCGAUUUUCAAGAAGUCGUCACACGCUCCACGAUUGAUGUCAUAUGCGAAGCCGCCAUGGGCACACCAGUAAAUGCCAUACAGGGUCCCACGUCUCCAAUAGUGCCUGCGAUCGCUGACAUCUGUGAUGUGAUGCGCCAACGGAUCUUUAGCGCGUUGAAUCGUUUCGAUUUCUUUUUCGUAUGGACCAGAGGAUAUCAGAAACAGCAAAAAGCUUUAGCGAUCUUGCGCAAAGAAUUUUCCCAGAUCAUUGACAAACGGCGUGAGAUGCUGAAGACGCUCGACCAAAAUAAGCUGAAGUUGGGUGUAGACGGCAAACGUCCGAAAAUGGCCUUCCUUGAUAACUUGCUAACAGCAGAAGUAGAUGGCAAGCCUCUGUCAUUUCAAGACAUUUUUGAGGAAGUCUCCACAUUUAUGUUUGAGGGUCACGACACCACUGCCAGCGCCAUAGGCUUCGCCAUUUACUGUUUGUCACGACAUCCAGAAGUACAGCGUCGCGCCUUCCAAGAACAAUUUGCAAUUUUCGGCAAGGAUCUUAAACGUAACCCAACCUUUCAAGAGUUGAGUGACAUGAAGUAUCUGGAGCUGAUUAUCAAAGAGACGCUGCGUCUGUUUCCCAGUGUGCCAUUCAUUGUGCGUACUUUGUUGGAGCAAACUGAAAUCGGCGGUUUUCAAAUUCCGCCAGGUACCUCGCUUGGCUUUUGCAUUAUAGCAAUGGGGACUAAUCCUCAACACUUUCCGGCACCAUUUGAGUUUAAACCAGAACGUUUUGAAAAUCGCAACAGUAGUAAUCCCUACGACUAUAUACCGUUCAGCGCGGGUCCGAGGAAUUGCAUAGGUCAAAAAUUCGCCAUGAUGGAAUUGAAAGUAACACUUUCGAAGAUCAUCCGACACUUCAACAUAUUGCCGGCGGUGGAUGGACUAUCCACAGGCAUACAUAACCCCGCAGAUCGUGGUGAUAAGAUUGACAAUCCAUAUGAUGCGCGGCUGGGCUUCUUUCUUACCUUAAAAUCUGUAAGCGGCUUGUAUAUACGUCUGAGACGCAGAUCAUAUCUAGUUAAUAUGUUGUUGCUGUUGUUGUGUAGUGUUUUGCUGGCACCGAUUCUUGCCAUACUCUACUUAGAAGUGAAAAAUUAUAGCAAAGUCAAGCAGCUGAAUAAGCUGCCAGGACCGCCGGCUUUACCAGUUUUGGGAAAUGCGCAUCAAGUGGGCAAAACGCCAAGUGAAUUACUAAAUAAACUGUUUCAAUGGUGGGUGGAGUCGGAUCAUCGCAAUUAUCGAGUGCUCAUUGGCCCCUAUCGGAAUGUGGUAGUCUCAGACGCAAAAGAUUUGGAGUAUAUCUUAACCAGCAAAUCACUGAUCGAUAAAUCUGAUAUUUACGAUAUGCUUCAUCCCUGGCUUGGCACUGGCCUCCUCACCGGCACGGGGCGCAAAUGGCACACGCAUCGCAAGAUUAUCACACCUUCCUUUCAUUUUAAGAUUUUGCAAAAUUUUCACGAUGACAUGAACAAGAAUUCGAAUAAGUUCGUUGAAAAACUGCGGAAAGUAUCGCAACAUGAUUCCAUAUUCGAUUUUCAAGAUAUGACGCACUACCUAACGAUGGAUGUGAUUUGUGAUACCGCGAUGGGCGUACACAUUAAUGCGAUGGAUAAUCAUGACCACAAGCUAGUGCAGGCAUUCAAAGACAUGUGUUACAACAUCAACAUGCGCGCGUUUCAUCCGCUGAAAAGGUCGAAUCUUCUAUAUAGAUUUGCGCCAGACUAUCCAAAGUACUGUAGGACAUUGAAGACUCUACAAGAGUUCACAAAUGAGGUUAUAACGAAGCGUAGAGAAACACUCAAACUUGAAACAAUGGAGGGAGAAGAUAAUGAGUUCUCACGCAAAAAGCAGGCCUUUCUGGACACUUUGCUCUCGUCUACAAUCGACGGAAAACCGUUAACACAAGAAGAGAUCUACGAAGAGGUCUCGACAUUCAUGUUUGAGGGUCACGAUACAACCACAUCUGCUGUUGCAUUCACAGUGUAUUUGCUCGCCAUGCAUCCUGAGAUACAAAGAAAGGUGUACGCCGAGCAAAAACAGUUAUUGGGGGACAACUUCAAGGAUGCAGCCACUUUCCAGCAGAUUGCUGACAUGCAGUACUUGGAUAUGGUGAUAAAAGAGUCACUGCGUCUCUAUCCCAGCGUACCAAUUGUUGCCAGACGUACUGACAGGGAGUACGAUAUAAAUGGUUUCGUUGUGCCUGUAGACACUACCAUUAAUCUUUUUCUGAUGGCACUCGGUUACAAUGAAAAAUACUUCCCCGAUCCCUACCGCGUGGAUCCUGAUCGUUGGUGUUCGACGAAACGCUCGCAAAAUCCUUUUGAGUACCUACCUUUCAGCGCGGGUCCCAGAAAUUGUAUUGGACAAAAGUUCGCGUUGCUGGAAGUUAAAACUGUAGUUUCGAAAGUCGUGCGCACUUUCGAAAUUCUGCCGCCUCUGGACGAAUUAGCCUCCACAGAUGGCUACUCGAGACACUUCAUUGGCUUGUCGCAAGAGGAACAAAGUAAGCGAUUACCAAAUCCAAGCAAGUAUGACCCGAUAUUGUCGGCUGUACUGACCCUGAAAGCGGAGAAUGGCAUUUUCCUACGACUAAGAGAGCGCCUUUAGAGCCGAGGUUGCAGAUAAUAUAGAGAUGUCAUUUCUUAAUGUUGGUUGCAUUUGUUUAUUUGAAAAUAUUGCUAAUUAAAUAUAAAUAUGAAUAUAUGAUAAAUCUUAAA